AAUGCUACUUCGUCCGGAUAAGGGUUCCAGUGUAGUCAUCCUUAACAGAGAUGAAUAUAUCAAUAAGGUAAUGUCCAUUUUAAAUAAUUCCACCAGAUUUAUCAUCGACAAUACCCAGAAAGACUUAACAUAUGCGACAGAGAAACGUGUCUUAAGAAAGUUGAGAGAACUUGUUAAGAAAAAUCUAAUAGAUAAUCAUACGUAUAACGAACUUAAACCAAAAGGGUCACAAUUGCCAUACUUAUAUGGGCUACCCAAAACACAUAAACCCGACAUCCCUAUAAGACCAAUAUUAUCGAUGGCCAAAUCACCCUUCCAUAAACUUGCCCGCUGGUUUACUAGAUGCUUGGAACCAGUCCGCAAAAAACUAGCAGCCUACAGUUUGAAAGACAGCUUUGAAUUUGUACAAAAACUUGAUAACCUUAAUGUCUCUGACAAAUUCAUGGUUUCAUUUGAUGUCUCUUCGCUUUUCACAAAUAUCCCCUUGGAAGAAACGGUAGAGAUCAUAUGUGAAUAUCCAGAACUCCUACCUUUACCACCCCAGGAAUUUAAACAGCUCCUGUUUUUGUGUACAAAAAACAUACAAUUUAAAUUUAACAAUUUUCUGUACCGACAGAUUGAUGGAAUAGCAAUGGGCAGCCCUCUAGGCCCAAUUCUUGCCGACAUAUUUAUGGGACAUCUGGAACAAAAGAAACUGAAGCACGCAAUCGACAGUACCACACUCUACUGCAGAUAUAUGGAUGACACGUUCCCUGUCCGCAAUAAUCACCAACACUCCAUGUACCUACUUAGUCUGUUCAGUAAAGUACACAAAGAUAUAGAAUUUACCAUGGAACAUGAAGUUGAUGAUAAAUUCCAUUUCCUAGAUAUUGGAAUUAGUCGAACAUCAGAUGGCACACUACAAAGACACAUUCACCGCAAAAAUACUUAGAGCGGAGUUUAUCUCAAUUUUAACAGCUUCUGUCCAAUGAGUUAUAAAAAGGGUAUUGUGCGAAACCUCUUUGACCGCGCACGAAAAAUCUGCUCAAAAGAAUGCCUCGAAGAAGAAAUUACUACAAUCACCAAAUGCCUACGUGAAAAUGCAUAUCCGGAUAAAUUCAUCCAUAAAUAUGCUAAUACAAACCCUCCGAUUAAGCAUGAUACAGUUGAAAAGAAAACCUGCUUCCUAUCCUUGCGCUUCAAAGGAGAUGAAGUCGCCGGAAUUAUUAAUCACAGAAUUAAUUCCGCUUUAAAAGUGACCUACCCGGCAGCCAAACUGACCACAUCAUGGAAAACAUACUGCUCACUGAAACAAACGAAAAUCGACAAAUCCUCUCCCCUCAGUUGCUCCAACUGCAUUUACCAAUUCAUAUGUACGUGCCGUAGCACAUACAUUGGAAGAACUGAGAGAAGAGUACAGGUUCGCAUUUCUGAGCAUAUUCCGAAUUUGACGCUGCGAGGAACUAAAGCUUUUAACAGUGCAAUAGCUCGGCACCUACUUGACACCGGGCAUACCGUCGAUAUUAUGCGUGCGUUUAAAAUUAUCAAUAGACAAAAACUACUACCACUCUCCGCUUUGCUGAAGCCAUUGCAAUUAAGAAACUGAAACCGGACUUAUGCAUCCAAAAAGAGACUGUAAUAAACUUAUCACUACCCUGGUAAUCUUUUUUUGUUUCUGUUUGUUUGUUUUGUGUUCUGGUUAUUUUAUUCAUUUACUUAUUCUAAGUCAUUUUAUACUCCCCCGUAUUACCUAAUUCUUAAAAUAAAUUUUAUUCACACAUUUCCACCACCUGAUCCUCUUAAAUUAUCUUAACUUUCCAAAAUCUAUUUAAUUAUUAUUAAGUAAUCUACCUUAUCACUAUUUAAUUCCAUUAAUCUCUACAAUUAUCACACAAUUUAUGAACUUCACUAAAUUAUUACACCACCCACCCUGGAUUAACCCCCCUCUUUUGACCUCCGACCUAUUUCUAGCACAUAUAUAUAGUUAUUAUUGUAAUCAAGUUAUUUACACUCAUUUAUGUCAAUUGUUUUCACACUAUCUCCAUGUAAAAAUUCUAUCACAAUUUUGGUUUGUAAGCAGCUGACGAGAAACCUCGAAAUAAUGUGAAUUCAUACUAUUCUGCAUCAAUGUUUGUUCUUGCUCUAUUUAUA